AUGGAGAAUUCAUAUAAUUUUAUCAUUCUACGAUUUUUGUCCUAUGUUCAGAAUAAAUUUUGGCCACUAUAUCCCAUAUGCAAUGAAAUUAUGGAUAAUUAUAAAAAAAAAGCUGAUCAUGGCUUAGGAGGUGCUUGGUCUAGCAAUGUAUGUAAUAAAGAUAGUGUGAGAAGUAAAUUAAAAACAAUUAUAAUUGAUGAAAAUCUAAAAGACCGAAAGAUAUGCACUCAGGCUAUGUUAUAUUUAGUUGAUGUUCAAUCUAUGCUUAAUAAUACAUUAUUAGAAGCUAGCUGUGUAUAUCUGUAUUUUUGGUUGUCUCAUAAUAUUAAGGAAGUAAAAAAUAUAAAGGAUAUAACAGAAAAUUAUGAUAAUCUGCUUAAAUUAUAUAAAUCUUUUAGUUGGGAUAUGCCAAUUCAUAACUGUUAUAAGUAUAAAAUUGAUUUUACACAGGAAGAUUUAGGAAUAAUAAAAGAUAUACAUUAUACACAUAAUUAUGCUAAAAAGAGAGAUAAUAAUUCUGAUAAUUAUAACCAAGAAUUUUAUAAUAAAGUAGUGUCAUUUAAAAAGUAUUUUGAUAAACAAAUGCAAACAGAAGAAACAGUAACUUGUAACACAGAAGUGAAAACUAUAACAAAAACAACAGUGUCCUGCAAAAAUAAUAUUUCAUUUCCUAUUAUAAUUACACUCUUUAUAACAUCAUUAAUAUCCAUUUUAUUAUUCACUUUAUAUAAGUAUACAUCAUUUAGUUCUUAUUUGAAACGAAUAUUGUCAUACAAAAGAAAUAAGUGGAAUCUUAUAGAUGAAGAAAUAAAUAGAUUUCAAGAAACCGAAAUAUCUAGUAGUAUAAAAAGAGAUGACGAAUACUAUAUGUUAUCUAAUUAUCAAGGAUAUUAA